UGCACUUCCACUCCAAAUCUCAAUCCCAAUCCAAAUCCCAUUUGGGUUACUUGUUUCAAUUCCAAACGCCACUGUCUUCUUCAAAUAAUUUCAUCUUCACACUCACAAAGAAAAAAGAAAAGGAAAAUCAAUAAUCAUUCCUUUGUUGUAAGAUGCUGAUCAGCCGAAUAUGGCAGAGGACAGCUUGGACCUCCGUCCGGCGAUUGUUCUGUCCCUCAGCUUCCUUUGAGAGGUUCUUUUCUGGUUGUUCCUUCAUUACCUCUCCUUCCCCCUCUUUCACCUUCGCUAAAGCAAAUCCUCAUAUAAAUUUCGAUUUUCCGUAUGUGAAGAGAUAUUGCUUUUUUUCUACUCAACCUGUCCUAGACCUUCCUGCGUGCAAGAUAGUUGACGUGCCGUUGGCACAAACUGGUGAAGGUAUUGCAGAAUGUGAACUUCUCAAAUGGCAUGUCCAAGAGGGGGAUUAUAUCGAAGAUUUUCAACCACUUUGUGAAGUUCAAAGUGAUAAAGCUACUAUAGAAAUUACAAGUCGCUACAAAGGAAAAAUUUCUAACAUUCUCUACGUUCCUGGUGAUGUUGUAAAGGUUGGAGAAACCCUUUUAAAGAUAGUAGUUGAUGAGUCUCCAUUUCCUUCUGUGACAUAUGGUGAUUCAGAAAAUGCAAAGUCAUUGGAUUCUGAUAAGAUAUUAGUUAAUGAGUCUGCAAUUAAUGCAAUAACUUUUGGCGAUUCAGAAAAUGUGAAGUCGCUAGAUUCUGAUCCUGAAAAAGGGAAAAGAACUGGAGUUCUAUCAACACCAGCUGUAAGGAGUCUAGCAAAGCAGCAUAACAUAGAUAUAAAUGAAGUCUGUGGAACUGGAAAAGAUGGAAGGGUUUUAAAAGAAGAUGUGCUCAACUUUGCUGUCGAGAAAGGAAUUAUUAAAAAUCCAUCUGCUGUUUUACCUGCUGAAUUUGAAGAACAGCCUCAGGUAGCAGAAGGAUACAACUGUGAUGUGACAAGUAAAUAUGAGGGGCCUUCUGAGGACAGGAUACUUCCCCUUAGGGGAUUCCAAAGAGCAAUGGUAAAAUCAAUGUCUCUGGCUGCCAAAGUCCCACAUUUUCAUUAUGUAGACGAGAUAAACUGUAAUGCCCUAGUGGAGCUUAAAACAUCUUUUCAGAAAAACAAUCCUUAUCCAGAUGUUAAGCACACUUUCCUUCCAAUAGUAAUCAAAUCACUAUCAAUGGCCCUCAUAAAGUAUCCCUUUAUGAACAGUUGCUUCAAAGAGGAUGCAUUGGAGGUCAUCCUCAAAGGUUCACACAAUAUUGGAAUUGCCAUGGCAACACCAUACGGUCUAGUUGUGCCGAACAUAAAAAAUGUUCAGUCUCUUUCCAUAUUGGAGAUAACCAAAGAGCUGGCAAGGUUGCAACAAUUGGCUUCUGAUAACAAGUUAACUUCUGAGGAUAUAUGUGGUGGGACAACUACUUUAAGCAACAUUGGAGCAAUUGGUGGAAAGUUUGGUUCCCCUCUUCUCAAUCUGCCUGAAGUCUCCAUUAUUGCCAUCGGUCGAAUUCAGAAAGUUCCGCAGUUUGCUGAUGAUGGAAAUGUGUAUCCUGUAUCACUCAUGACUGUUAAUAUUGGUGCAGAUCAUAGAGUCUUGGACGGAGCAACCGUUGCAAGGUUUUGCAAUGAGUGGAAACAAUUAAUUGAAAAUCCGGAGCUCCUAAUGUUGCAUUUGAGAUGAAAUUUGAUGACAUGCAGGGACAAUCACUGGAAUUGUAAUUUAGAUGGUUAAUCUUUAUAUGAACGAGACAUUUAAAAUUCAUCAAAGUUAACACCUCAAAAAUUUGUCAUAGUUAUUCCGA